AUGGCCCUCCCUCCAAAAUGGUACCAGUUCCUCGUCAGCGUCUUCGCCUCACUGGGGUCCUACCUCUACGGCUACGAUCUCGGAGUCAUCGCCGAAGUCGUGGCGAGCAACACCUUCGUCGCCAAAUUCAAUCCAGACUCCACAUCAUCAGGUCUCGUCGUGUCCAUGUUCACCACGGGUGCCUUCUUCGGCGCCGGUCUGGGCGGACCUAGCGGUGACUACCUGGGUCGUCGAAUGACAAUCACAUUGGGAGCCAUCAUCUUCUGUCUCGGCGGCGGAUUGCAGACGGGCGCCGAAAACAUCCAUUACCUCUACGCCGGUCGGUUCCUGGCAGGAUUGGGCGUUGGGUUCCUCGUCAUGGUCAUCCCUCUGUACCAGGCCGAACUGGCCCACCCGAGCAUCCGUGGCCGUGUCACAGCCUUGCAGCAGUUCAUGCUGGGUGUUGGCGCUCUAGUGGCCGCCUGGAUCUCGUGGGGUACUUAUGUUCAUAUCAAGACCAGCAGCGCCCAGUGGAGAGUUCCUUUGGGUCUGCAGAUGCUGCCUGCCAUCUUUCUGGGGGCUUUGAUUUUCUUCUUUCCAGAGUCGCCUAGAUGGCUCAUGGACCACGGCAAGCCCGAAAAAGCACUCCAAACACUAGCACAGCUGCACUCCCACGGCGACGAGAAAGAUCCAUGGGUCGUGGCCGAAUACGAACAGAUCCAAACUUCGAUUGCGUACGAACACGAGCACGAGGCCAAAUCGUACCUCGAACUAUUCCGGUCGCGUGCCACGUUCCGCCGACUGUUUUUGUGUUGUGCACUUCAGGCUUCGGUCCAGAUGACUGGUGUCUCUGCUAUUCAAUACUACUCGGUAACAAUUUAUGGACAGAUUGGUAUCACCGGCGACGACACGCUCAAAUACCAAGGCAUCAACAGCAUCAUCGCGCUCGUAGCGCAAUUCUGCACGAUUCUGUUCAUCGACCGCACCGGCCGUCGGUGGCCUUUGAUCCUAGGAAACCUGGGCAACAUGGUGACAUUUAUCAUUGCCACUAUUCUUUUGGCAUUGUUCCCACCCGGAAUAUCCACCAAUACGGGGGCUCAAUGGGGAUUCAUCAUCAUGACCUGGUUGUACAAUUUCAGUUUCAGUUGUACCUGUGGUCCCCUGAGCUGGAUCAUCCCGUCCGAAGUCUUUGACACCCGCACCCGAAGCAAGGGUGUCAGUAUUGCGACCAUGACGAGCUUUGCGUUUAAUACCAUGAUUGGCCAAGUCACACCGAUCGCGAUGGAAAACAUCGGCUACAAAUACUACUACCUUUUUAUUAUUUGCAACUUCACCAACGCUUUAUUCUUUUGGCUGUUGUUGCCCGAGACUGCGCGUCGCCCUCUCGAAGAGAUGAAUUACUUGUUUACGCAUGCGCCGUGGAUCGUGGUGGGCACGAGCAAGGAGUCGUAUAUCUCUCAUGAUUUGGAGAAUCGGGUUAGUGAGAUUGCGGCGGAGAAGAGGUCGGAGAGUGUGAUGCAUGAAGAGAAGAUUGUACACUGA